GGAUGUCAGCUCCCGAGUUGGGGUUCGCACCCCGAAAUGCAGGCGUGAGGGGCGGGUCCCGGCCUGGGCCCGCGCCGCCCCAUGUGACCCGGUCCGGCCUGGUGUCGCCUCCUCUCGAGGAGGCGGCGGCGACUUCGGCUCCGCUGCGCGUCGAACCGGCCCUGCGGCCGCUCAUGGGCAGCCAGGGCCGCUCGGGUUCCCCCGGGAACCGCGGGCCCAGGGAAAGCGAGGGCGGGGAGGCGAGGGUCGCACGGGGAAAGCGAGGAAGGAGGAAGGGGAAAGCGGGCACCGGGCACGGCGGAAGAGGAAGCGGGGCGGAAGGGAAACCGGGCCUGCAGCCGGCGAGGAAGACAGCGGGGCCGGGGGCUGAGGCGGGCCCGGGGCAGGAAGGAGAGGAGGGCGCAGGCGUGGAGGAAGGACCGAGAAGCUCCGGGAAGCGGGAUGAGGGGAGCGCAGGCCCAGGGAAGGAGGAGGAACGGAGGCUCGGGGCCGAGCGGCGGGAGGACGGCAGCCGGGAGAGAGCACGGGAGCGUGGGUGUCAGGCGUGGGGCCGCAUCCCGGGGACCCGGACGGCCAUGGCGGCGGCCGGCGACGAGGAGGCGGCAGCGGCGGCUGCGGAGCCGUCCGGUCGUCCGGCCGCGGGGCCCGCGCUGUGGCGCCUGCCGGAGGAGCUGCUGCUGCUCAUCUGCUCCUACCUCGACAUGCGGGCCCUCGGCCGCCUGGCUCAGGUGUGCCGCUGGUUGCGGCGCUUCACCAGCUGCGACCUGCUCUGGCGCCGGAUAGCCCGGGCCUCGCUCAACUCCGGCUUCACGCGGCUCGGCACCGACCUGAUGGCCAGCAUUCCAGUAAAGGACCGAGUGAAGGUGUCUCAGAACUGGAAACUGGGCCGCUGCCGAGAGGGGAUUCUGCUGAAGUGGAGAUGUAGUCAGAUGCCUUGGAUGCAGCUUGAGGAUGCUUCUCUAUACAUAUCUCAGGCUAAUUUCAUCCUGGCCUACCAGUUCCGCCCAGAUGGUGCCAGCUUGAACCGUCGGCCCUUCAGAAUCUUCGCUGGGCACGAUGAGGAUGUUUGUCACUUUGUGCUGGCAAACUCGCAUAUCAUCAGUGCAGGAGGAGAUGGGAAGAUUGGUGUUCAUAAGCUCCAUAGCACCUUCACUGUCAAGUACUCGGCUCAUGAGCAGGAGGUGAACUGUGUGGACUGCAAAGGGGGCAUCAUUGUGAGCGGCUCCAGGGACAGGACGGCCAAGGUAUGGCCUUUGGCCUCGGGCCGGCUGGGGCAGUGCUUACACACCAUCCAGACUGAAGACCGAGUCUGGUCCAUUGCCAUCAGCCCGUUACUCAGCUCUUUCGUGACAGGAACAGCUUGUUGUGGGCACUUCUCACCUCUGAGGAUCUGGGACCUCAACAGUGGACAGCUGAUCACACAUCUGGGCAGUGAUUUUCCCCCAGGGGCCGGGGUGUUGGAUGUCAUGUAUGAGUCCCCUUCUACACUGCUGUCCUGCGGUUAUGACACCUAUGUUCGCUACUGGGACCUCCGCACUAGUGCCCGGAAAUGUGUCAUGGAGUGGGAGGAGCCCCAUGACAGUACCUUAUACUGCCUGCAGACAGAUGGCAACCACCUGCUGGCCACAGGUUCCUCCUACUAUGGUGUUGUGCGGCUGUGGGACCGGCGCCAAAGGGCUUGCCUGAACGCCUUCCCACUGACAUCGACUCCGCUCAGUAGCCCUGUGUACUGCCUGCGACUCACCACCAGGCAUCUCUAUGCUGCGCUGUCCUACAAUCUCCACAUCCUAGACUUUGAGAAUCCAUGACCAAGUGCCCUGCCUCUGGGCCAGGCGGAUCAGCUUCUCAGGGACCUCUCUUGCCUGGCAGGUGAAGUGACUGACACCGCACCCUCUUCCCAGUCCUCCUUCACUUCUGGACCUGUGGCCACAGUGCCCUGGCACCUGAAGCACUGCCUCCUGGACACUGGGGCUGACUCUGAUGUAGGCCCUCCCAGUACCCGUGGUCUUAGGAGAAUGGACCUGAACUCUGGUGUUUACAACAGGGCCAACAUAAGGUCCUGGGUUGGCGAGGCCCAGCCUGUCCCCGAGCCCUUCAUAGCACUACAGCAGCCUAUAGAGUGAGGUGAGGGGCUCCCACAUCCCAGCUAGAAAGACAGGUGAGUUGCUGGAACUUUUGCCAGUACCAGCUGUCUCCUCAGUCAGGUCUCAACUUUGGCCAGCUUCUUGAAACUGGGGGGCUCAUUUCUGAGGUACUAGCCUGGUUUUGUUUUGAAACUAAGAAAAGGGACAAAGGACACCUGUCAAUUCGGGCCUCUGGGCUAGCCAUUCCUCAGGCCAGCUGUGAGAAACAUGCUAUAUGAUUUUAACUUCUGUAAAAAUAAAAUCUAGGGGCUGGAGAGAUGGCUCAGAGGUUAAGAGCAUUGAG